CUGGCAGAAUACUAGUGAAGCGUUUAUAUGGACGAAACAGCUUGGAUUCUAGAGCAAAAUAAAUGUCUGUGUUAUUCAAUGAUGUUGAGAAAUGAGAAUGAUAACUAUUUAUGGUAACGUGUCAGAUCGUACGACUUCUAGAAAACAGUUUCAUUUUUAUUGGAGAGGAGGUGGUAGCGGAUAAAGUCCUAUUGUCUGCGCACUGCACAUUAUUUACUAUGGCGAAAAAGUCAACUACGAUACAUCUAUGGACUAUUUUACUUUCUACCAGUGUUGGCAUAAUUUGGGGGAAUCUGGCCAGUGGUGAGCAUCAUGGGAGUCCCUAUGUUUACCGUGUCUCUGGAGGACGUGGCCGUGGCGGGGUCUCCCCCCACAGGCCAGGACGUCAGGGUCGGUCCUCCCAGCCCACUGUACCUCCCGAGACCCUCAUCGUACCAGCCCAUGCCCCGAGGGUCCACCUUAGCCAGGACGACAUCAUGAAGCUGAGGUUCAAGCCUACGGUGGGGUCGGUGCACCUAUCCGAGGGCCAUGAGGCAAAGUUCAACUGCUCCAUCGACGUCCCUGACGCCAACCUGGACCUCACCGUGCUGUGGUGGAAGAACAACAUGGAGCUGGCUGAAAACCUGCAGGUGGUCAUCAAUGAACUACAGACCGUCACACACGGGGUCAUGACCCUGCUGUCCACCGUCAGCAUAACUCAUGUGCAGAGAGCUGACUCUGGGGACUACCGCUGUAGACUGAGAGUCAGUGACAUAGAGAUAGAGUCCCAGCCUAUCAGCAUCCAGGUCGAAGGUCUACCAACGUUCACCAGACAGCCUGAUGACAAGAACGUAACUCGUAACAGCCCCUUUAACCUGUCGUGUGAAGCGGUGGGUCCCCCGAAUCCUAUCAGGAUCCACUGGCUACGCAACGGUGUGCCUGUGACAGGGUACAUUACCUCCUCCCCCAGCAACUACACUGUACCAGGUGUGGACAAGUACACCCAGUUCAGCUGUGAGGCCCACAACCAGAAAGGUGUCACUACUUCCAGGGAAGCUAACAUCAACAUUAAAGUGCUUCCAGCUCCUGUCUCUGAGGUCACAGUGAUACAACGUGAAUCUAACAAACUAGUUCUGAGAUGGACCCCUGGACACGAUGGAUUCUCCCCACUCACUACUUGCCAGAUCAAGGUGAAAGAGGUGAGCCGAAGGAGAGGAGAGGUCAGGCUGGCUAGGAUAAUCAACAGUACAGCUCCUCCGUUCCAGAGUGAUGUCCCGGGGUUACAGGCCAUGACCUGGUACAACAUGAGCGUCUCCUGUAGCAAUGAGCUUGGCCAUUCACCAGUCAGUACCUGGGUCCAGAGCAACACUACAGAAGGAGUACCGUCAGUCUACCCCCGUAACGUGACUGUUAUGUUAAACGAGUCAAUGCUGGUGAUCCGAUGGAAGGAACCGCCCCAGGACAGGGUCAACGGAAUCCUCAUGGGUUAUGAUGUCAUCGUCACGUAUGGGACUCGGGUCAACAAGAUCCGCAGCUCCUCCAACACUGCUGCGGUGGCCCUACAGGAGUUCAACACUACAUACAGUGUUCAGGUAGCUGCCUGUACUCAGGCUGGGCGUGGCAUGCUCAGUCCACCAGUCGGGAUCUUCGUACCAGAGAACAAACUUGUUUCGUUUCUCUCUGGCGCCCCCUGCAGUCAGAUGUUUGGAAGUGGGGAGAAGCUUCAACCCAUCGUUCAGUACAGGCCACAGAAGUCCUACAACCGAUCAGCCAUUGAAAUUACACUAGGUAACCUGGGUGUGAGUGAUGAGCUCCAAGCCAAACUACAAGACUUCAUGAUUAUGAGAAAUCUGCUUUCCAURGGGAAGGUUCUGGGAGAGGGUGAAUUUGGCUCUGUGGUGGAGGGACAUCUGAAACAACUGGACGGAACAUCUGAGAAAGUGGCUGUGAAGACCAUGAAAUUGGAUAACUUCUCCCAGAGGGAGAUAGAGGAGUUCCUGAAUGAGGCUGCCUGCAUGAAGGACUUUGACCACCCUAAUGUCAUCAGGCUGCUAGGUGUUUGUCUGGAGGCGGGGUCUGGUCACUUCCCCAAGCCCAUGGUGAUCCUGCCCUUCAUGAGAUAUGGAGACCUCCAUAGCUUCCUGCUGCGCUCACGCCUCGGAGACAGUCCCCUGUUCCUGCCCACUCAGACACUCCUGAAGUUUAUGAUUGACAUCGCCAUGGGGAUGGAAUACCUCAGUGGGCGGAACUUCCUCCACCGUGACUUGGCUGCACGCAACUGCAUGCUGCGUGAUGACAUGACGGUGUGUGUGGCAGACUUCGGCUUGUCUAAGAAGAUCUACAGUGGUGAUUACUACAGACAGGGCAGGAUAGCCAAGAUGCCUGUGAAAUGGAUCGCAGUGGAGAGCCUMGCGGACAGAGUAUUCACUGUGAAGAGUGAUGUGUGGGCAUUUGGUGUGACCAUGUGGGAGAUAGCGACACGGGGCAUGACACCGUACCCUGGUAUCCAGAACCAUGAGAUUUAUGACUACCUACUUUUGGGCCACAGGCUGAAGCAGCCAACAGACUGCUUAGAUGAACUGUACGAGAUCAUGUACAGCUGUUGGCGUGCUGACCUCCUGGACCGCCCGGUCUUCACUCAGGUUAGAGAACUGUUGGAGAAGCUGACAGAGAAACUUCCGGAGGCUUCUACCAGCAAAGAGGACAUCAUCUACAUCAACACCAGUUUCCCUGAGGAGGAUCAGCCCGGUGCUUGUGCAGACCCCCACCUGGAUUUGCCGCUUUUUAGCUCCUCCCCUUCCUCCAGUCAUAGGAACGAAUUCAGCCCCUCCCCUUCCUGUAGCGACCAGUUCAGCUCUUCUCCGUCCUGCAGUAACAGUCGCCAGAGACGAGACAACCGAGAUCUGGUGACAGCACUCAUCCACGAGAAUAUGGAGGAAGAUGAUCGUUACGUUGUUGUCAUCUCUAAUGCCAAUAGGAGUGAGGACCCCGCUGUCACCAUGACAACAGCAGUUGUGGACAGUGACACUCCCCUGUUGGCGCGGGAGGGCUUGGGUAGGGUUUUGGGGGGAGCUACUCGUGACUCAGUGGGUGAUGUCACUGGGAUGGAUCAGCACGCGAGUGACACAACGCUGUUGCUCUGAUAGGCAUGGAACGUUGGGACUAGAAAUCCAGUAAUCUGAAACCAGACAAAGAAAAGAAAAGCUCUCCCCCAGGGGUCAUGUCUGAUGAUAAUACACAUCCUUCUUGUCUGCACUCUGGACUGUUGAGGACAUAAUAUACUGUAGGUAUUGUAAUGACCCUGCCGUUGAUAAGCACGAUGACCACUCACCCAAGGGAACUAGCUUUCUUGGAGCAGCGGWAACGUUUCUGGAUCUGGACCCUAUGAUACUGGGUGCAAAUCACGCCUCGGAAUCUCGUGCUACUCCCUCAUUUUGUUACAGUUUGAACGUAUGGUACUGUGUGGAUCAUGAGCACAUCGGCCUUCUGCUUGGUGCAGCAUGUGUAGUCUCACGUUGCAACACUUCCAAGUUGUUUCACCAAGGAUCUGCCCAGUGUCUAUAGAAAUAUAAUCGCUACUAUGAUCCUGUCUUGUGUAGUUCUGUCCAGUUCCCAUAGAAAUAUAAUCCCUAUUUCUUUGAUUCUGUCUUGUGGCAUUAUUACAAUAGUGUUAUUACCUUAUCUAUUCCCCAAUGCUUUGUAUUGAAAUAAUUAUGACCAGUUUUCCAGUGGAUGUUUAUACCUCAAAUGGUUACCACUAGCUAUCAGUGUUAAUGCAAGAGAUGUACAUAAGAGACGCUACAUUUGCACAUCUCUCUUAUAGUAUAUUUCCAAUUAAAUAAGCUCUGCUAAAAAAUGAAGUCAGUGUAUCCCUUGCAGAUAUUGAAAGCUGUGAACAAGGCACAAUUACGGCCAACCACUGUUGUAAGUCAGUAGUACACUCCCAUUACAAUCAGAGGCCAUCUAAAGCAUUUAAACUGUAUGUAAUUUUAACAAUUCCUUUUAUAUAUUGAAGUAUUUUUGAAGUGGCAAUGUGUAUAUGAACUUUACAUGAUAUGUGUAUAUAGAGUAUUGUGUACAUAUGAUGACGAUGGACUGAAAAAACAAAACAGUUAUUUUGUAUCUCGGAGGACCUUGUAUACAGCCUUGAGGUACUCCACCAAGGUUAGGCAGUGGACCCUGGAAUGUCCACAAUAUCUAAUUGUUUAUAUUACAGAUUUUAAUAGAAGUUCAACUUUUGUUAAAUAUAAAUAUAGUCAAUGUUGAUAUGUUGAUAAUUGUUAAAGAGAUUUGCAGGAUUUUUUUCAUGAUGCAAUAAAUGAUUGCAAAUUAAAAAAUGUGCCAUUUUUUUAUCCACCUGACCCUGAAAAUAAAUCCAUCCUCGAUUGAAUAAGAUGCACGCACACACACAGUUUUGUUUUACUACCCUUGUGGGAACCAAAAACAUUAAUUCUCUUUCAAAAUCCUAUUUUCCUCAACCUUAAUUCUAACACUAACCAUAAUUAUAAACUUAACCCCUAAGCCUAAAAUAUAUUUUUUGCCUUGUGAGGACUGGCGAAAUGUCCCCACUGAAUUUUCAAUGUUUAACUAUCUUUGUGAGGACUUCUGGUACCCACAAGGAUAGUUAAACAAAAACACACACACACACACACACACCGAACAUGAUGAUGAUCAGAUGAUAAGAGAAAGGGAAAUAAAUAAAUAACAGAUUUCAAGUUGCUCUCAUUUUUUAACCCUUGUGUAGUGUUCAUGUUUUUGUUAUUGACACAAUGUUUGCAGGUCGAUGGACCCACAAUAUUAUUGGGAUUUUAAAACAAUACAGCCAUAGCAAUUUACGUAG